AACGAAACAGAUUUGUCCUGACGUCAUGUUUAGUAAGCAGAAAUCGAAGGUGAGUUGUAAUUUUUUAUUACUUUAUUUGCUUCUUAACAGAUCGAAUGCGCUUCAGCUGCGUUUUUUCCAGUUUCUAGCUUUUCCCAUAAACUGAAGCGGUCAGUGAUAUGGGCUGCUGAAUUCAUCGAGGCCACUUUCGAUUAAUAUCAUCGUUAAUGAUCAAGGAUAUUGUAUUGGACUGCGUAGUAUCUCAGUACAAUUCAUUUGCGGAAGCGAAAAUGGCGCCUCUAACUUGAUCGAUCGUUUAUUAUUGGCACACGCGCGGGAAUUAAGCUUAUAAGACUUAAACUUUAUUUGUUCGUAAUGAUGUUAAGGUCUUCAUCGCAUUAAUAAAGCGCUUUGAAUUGAAAUGUUUAAUGCUACAGGCUUUAUUACGAAAUCUCUUUGUAGACAUCCGUAAAUUCGAACGGUCCGACAAACGCUUACCGAAGCAUACAUGAUGAUCUACUUCCGCGAUCGAAAAGCCCGAUCCGACAUAUGGGGAUAAUUUGUACAAAUAAAUAAGUCUUCUUAUAUGAUAAAUAUGUUUAUUCAGAACAAAUUGAGCUAUGAUCAACCUAAAGGUUAAAGAAUGUCACUAAGCUGUAUUGUGUCUUAAUUAAAAACCGUGUAGAAAUUUGUUUUUGAAAUCUGUUGUCUGUGAUGUUUUCAUCUUAAAUUUUUGCCAGCUUUCAUUGAUUCCCAGCAUCCCUAGUAACUACGCAUACUGUAAUAAAUGACCUAAUAAGCGCCCGCUCCCAAAUAAACACCUAUGAUCUAAUAAUUAAACACCCUCUCAAUGCAGUUAAUAUUGUAUUAGACACCCCUGUCUAAUAAAUGCUUCCCUAUCUGAAUAACUCCAACAUACUGGGAAUUAGAAUAGAGCAGUGAAAUCAUUCAAUUCAUUCAGAUUCUUGUUUGAUAAACAAGGCUUUGCGUAUUAUUUUUUUUCAUGUGUCGAAUGUCAAGUUCAAAGUAAGGAUAAACUAACGAUGGCAAGGGUUCUGAGCAAGGGUUCUGAAAGGGUGAUAUGGAUCUCUAGACAGCCCAGAUGAAUCAAUUAUCAAUGGAGUGGAUAUUCGGCUAUUUUUAAACGCUCUUGAUAUUUUUGCCUAAAGCAUUAUGUUAGUUUUGUUAAGCUCGUUAGAUUUAUGUUUAAUAAAAACCGCUCUUUUUUUAAUGCCUUCUGUCUAUUAAAUUGGAAAACUAGCUAAAAGAAUGUGUUAAAAAAUCUAAAAAUUUCCCUCCGCUUACCAUUUUAUAAAUUCUUUAACCUAAUUUCUACAUGAUAACCUCAAUGUUCUCAGGAGAAAAUCGAUGUCCACCACUCUGGGAACUUUUGUAAAGGGGCUCGGACAAUAAAAGCAACCAAAAUAUACAAGUCAUUAAAAAGUUCAAUUGUUGCAGCAAAAUAAUGUUAAUACUGCAUGGGUAAGAAUUUCUUGAUAGAAGUUGCAAAUACUAAGAUUAAAAUACUGCCUCAGUCAGAAGUAUAUAUGAUUCGUGCUGUGUCUGAUUCAGUAGGCUAUGCAAGCCUUCCACGAGGGUGUGAAUUCAGACCCUAUAUAUUAAUUGUUAUAAAAAGCCUUUAUACCCACACAUAGGCCAGUUGCUUUCCACUCCUUUUAAGUUGCCAGCUAUUCAGGCCAAAAGCAGGAACUUAAGAGAAAGCUUUGUAGCUAGAUUUAUUUGAAACUCAGGGCCAGGUUGUGCAAAGCUGGGUUAAGAUAUAACCCAGGAUUAGUGCCAAAUUUAAUUCAGAAUAUUGAAAGCUUCAAAAGUAGUUUUAUUAUUCAUUUUGUCUACAAAUUGUUUAGUGUUUGACCUAAAAGAAAUAGGAAACAAUUAUCUGCGAAAAUGCUUUUGUACAAAAACAAACUGGCCCAGAUUAAUAUUUAACUCUGGGUUACCACUAAUUGACUCUCAAACUACUGGGCCCAGAGGGAAAGAGAAUUGGCUUUUAGCUAUACCCUUGACUAGGAUUGGUGAAGGAUUUCAUGGCAACACAAGCACAUGUUCAGCAUGUCCCCAGUUCCUAUGAAAGUUAUAUGUGGGGUUACCCAGGGUACCAUCAGUCCACCCCUGGUCCAGCCCCCUCAUGUUUUUUAAUGACAUGGUAAAAAACAUUAUGUUCUCCAAAAUGGAAAUUUAUAUUUAGCCACUUAAAACAAUAGUAAUAAUGAUAAUAAUAUAUUUUUGAUGUGCUAGAAUGAAUUGUAUCUGUCACUUUUUAUUUGUAAUGUCCCAGGCAAGUCACUUUCUGGCAGGUCAUUACCUACAUGUAAGGCUCAAAACACCAAAGUACAGGAAAGAAAUUCCCUAAUCAAUUUUCAUCAUUAACUCGAUCAUUCUGUGUGACUUAAUUGAUCUUCAGGUGGAAAAGAAAGCUUCUCUUUAUGGCCUUACAGAUAAACUUGCCUGCCUUAUUCCAUCUGAAGAUCUUAGGGAUCUAAGAGAGCUAGGAGAAGGGCAGUAUGGUGUAGUACAUCUGGGAGAAUGGAAGCCGCCACAGGGAGAUGAACGGGUAUGUUUAAUGUGUCAGCACAAUUUAGUAAGGAACCAUCACAGAUAGUAGCUUCCAGUCAUUGUCUCUUGGUACCAACUACUCACUGACUCAUAAUAAAUCAGUGAAUAAAUAUUUCAUAAUAGUGCAAGAAUGAGGUGAUCUAUAGAGCUUUUGAAACUGUUCAAAAAACUCGCAGUCAUGUAUUAUCUGGUUUGAAAACUCUCGGCUUCGCCUCAAGUUUUUAAACCUCACCUGAUAAUAGAUUUCUGCUCAUUUUUUAAACAGUACUUGAGGCUGAAUAUUAUCAAUAUGGCAUGGCGCAUAGGAUAAGCCAGGAUCAUAUCAAAUUGAAACUCUGAGCGCCUAUACUCCCUGUCAUGCCAGUUAUCAGGUAUGACUUCUGGUCAUACCAGUUCACAGGAGUGUAAAAUGUAAUUUUUUUUUUAUUUCUUGACAUAGUUUUAGAAAAUAUAUAAGUACUUGCAAUUCAAGGUAUUGCAAUUUUCUAACUUCCUGGUCCUUGUGGCUGGUGCUGCUCACGUUGUCAGGCCAAACCUACAUGUAUUUUUGCUCAGACAUAACCCCUUUUUGCAUUGGCCAGACAAAUAUUUUUAAUAUUAUUAUUCAUUCAAAAUAUUUUCCCGAUUCUGAUUGGCUAAAAGCACACGUUUAAUUCACCAUAACCAGUUACUGGUGACCAAAUUUGGAAGUUUUCAACAAUUAAUGAGGCUGACCAAAAUUUGGAAGUAUUUUGUGUUUAACGAGGAAAUGAACGCCAAAAAUGCAUUUUUGACGUCAUUUCCUCGUUAAACACAAAAUUUUCCAAAGGUAACUGGUUAUGGUGAAUUAAACGUUAACCAGAAUCGAAACCUUGGGGUUUAACGAGACGUCAAAAAUGUUGAAUUGUUUUGGUUGUGAACUUGAAAAAUGGCGGACAUUUCACUCGUUUCAAGAGUAAGAACUAGGCGAAAAAAUAGCUAAAAACAAGGCAAGAACAGCAAGAAGACAACUCGAAGGGCGACAUAUAAUGCUAUUUGGAGAAUAUUUGCGGAGCUGGACAAACCUAAACGUGCACUAUCGAAGAUGAACUUAACAUCGAUGGAAGUAAGCAUGUUUUAGCCAUGUUUUUAAACUAGGAAUUAUUUUGAAUGAAUAAUAAAACAAUUAUUGAAUUCGGCUUUCGUAUCAUAUAUACCUCUUAUUAGCCGAGUUUUCGGUCCGUACUGUAAAUUACGGACCUUUUUUUUCCCAUCGAUUUAUGGCCCAAGCGCGAAGCGCAACAAAGGGUUCCGAGAAAGUGAAAACAAAUUCACCAUGUUGAAAAAGUUUAUUUGGUCAAAACUAAGAGCGCUGUAAGUUUUAGCUCUUUAAUGUAACGCUGGAGUAUUUUGGAAACCGGGCACUGUGUCUUUCUUGAAGUCUUUUCCAUCUUUCCUCCGUUGGUCCUUGCAAAAAAAAACACUGCAAAAGGCAAAGAAGCUUUUCAAGGUAAGUUUGUUGUCAUUGUCAAAGGAUUCGCUCGUUAAUUUUUUGGGGAAAACCUCUCGAAUUUCUGCCAGUUCAUUCCCCUCUUCAAGCGUGAUCUGCGUUAAAAUUUUCGAACACGGACCAUAUUUUCCUCCACGGACAGGUUACGAUUCAGUUUCUACAUCAGCUUCGUUCUCAUUCGAACAAAGCUAGGUUAAAAUCUGGAAAGGCAAAGUCAACAUCCCAGUCCUCAGGGUUUACAGACAUAUUUUAAGUAUAUUCGGUCAAAGCUAAGAGCACUGUAAGUAUUCACUCGCAAAUGUGACGCUGGAGUCUUUUGAAAACUGGACAUUGUGUCUGGCUCGGUGUCGCUUCUAUCUUUCUUUCGUUGGUCUUUGGAAAAACACUGCUACUGACAAAGAAGCUCGUCAAGAUGGUCGGGUGCAGGCAUGUUUGUUAUCAUAUUUGUCGAAGGAAUUACUCAUUUUCUCUUAGGCAAAACAUCUCGAAUCUCUGCCAGUCGAUUUUCGUCUUCUUAACUGUGAACUACGAUAAAAUUUUCAAACACUGACUAGAAUCCUCUUCCAUAAGAUUACGAGUUAGUUUCUUCAUCGCCUUCGUUCACAAGCACACACAGUUUAAAAUGUGGAAGAACAAAGUCAAAAUCUAAGUCCUCAAGGUUGAUAGACGUCUUGUAACUUAAUUUUAACCUUUUUUCCGAGGUAAAGAGAUUUAGAGCUUCGAAAUGAGUUUUUUCUUUGAAAUUUUGGUUCGUAUAGCAAGUUACGGACCGCAAAUUGACCAAUCGCAUGGCGAAAACAGACUCACCCAUAUAGGGUGUUAUCCGCCUCGGCCGUAAGAUACUCAGCCUCACUCAUUAAUUGUUAAAUAGUAAUAACCAAAACAUAUUUAUAGCCUAAUUAUUUAUCUUUUGAACGUUUUUGUUUGAUUUAUUAUUUUUUCCAUUUAUUAUCUCUGGUGAACAGAAACAAGUGGCCAUCAAAUCCAUAAAGAAUACAGAGUUUGAUGGUGUGCUAAGAUGUAUUCUGCGGGAAGCACAGACCAUGCAAAAGCUUUGUCAUAAUAACAUUGUUAAAUUGUAUGGUAUUUCACUUCCAUCUGGAAAAGAACAACAACUGAGGCUGGUAUGUGAAAAUUAAGCCAAAAGAAGUAAGCUCCACCUCAACUCCAGCUCCGUCUACCAUACCCCAGCCGGCCUGAUAGAUUUGGAAUCAAUUUUUUUGGGGGGAGAGGGGAAACCUACAGCACCUGAAAAAUGUACUCAAAGCAAGGGCAAUGCAUGCAUGAUGUCAAACCGUAGAUUUCAACCAGGACAGUGUGGCUGGAUGCAACCCAAGUGCUCUUUAAAACCACUAAUUGCCAGUGACGCUUGCUGUUCUAAAUUAUGAAACCUGAAAACUGUCUUCCUUUAGGCUAAAAACCUGGCCGGCAGAUUAGUUCAACAUCGAGAAUGUUAAUUUUCACUGAAAGAGGUUGCCUUUUUUUCUUCAUAGCAAUGCUAUUUUGGAGUUUAAAAUUUUUGUUCCUCACACUAAAAUAAAAACUUUUAAAAGGCUUGAUUACCAGCUGCUUUCGGGUAAUGAGCUUAAGCUGCCCCUCCCUCGAAGUUUUUUGUAUUUUUUAAGCCUUUUUAAUUAACAAAACAUCUUGAAAGUCAUCACAAAAUUCCUUGACUUAUCUAAAAAAACUCAAUGGGCAACAAACAUUGAAAGUGGAAAAAGGUAUGAUUGCUUUGCAGCGUAAAAGUGACUCAUUUGAGAUUGGGGAACCAUAAAAAUCUGGUCAAUUCUCAGUCAUGAUACUGUUAAUAUCCAGCUGAGUGUAUAGUAAUUUUGGGCCCUAAAACGUUUAACCAGGUAUUAUUUGUGAUGUAGAUAACAGAGUUUGCCCAAUAUGGUUCCCUAGAAGAGAACUUCAAAAAGAAAAACAACAAUGUGUUGAAGGUAUCAACGCUGUGCAAGUUUGCUUCCCAAGUGGCCCAUGGUAUGAAUUACUUGGCCAGUCAGCAGUUGAUUCACCGUGAUCUGGCCACCAGAAAUAUUCUUUUAUUUGAACAAGACUUGGUGAGUACCUUGCAGAUUAUAUUGUAACAUAUUUCAGUUAUUACAUACUAAAUCUGUGAUUGGAGAUCAAUUUAGUAAGCAGCAUUGCAAAGCACAAAAUUGUCAUUUUACAGUGUUGAAAAGGUUGUUCCUCAGUAUUGCAUUGUGCAUACUUUCUUUGCAUGAUUAUACACACGACUGCAGCUCAUACCUUAAGAAAUGGCGUUUACAUUUCAAUAAUAUAAACAACCAAUCGUUAAAGUUUGACAAAAAUGUUACUCAACUAACUGUAGGUUUUAUUUCAGAGGAAUGAGCUUAAUAUUAAUAUCUUACUUACCUGAUUUCUCUGCUGUAUACUUUAAGGUAAAUCUGUCACUCGUUUUUGCUUCAUACAGUAUUUACACUUCGUUCUUCGGUCCAUAACGUAGAGAAAUAUCUUGUUCCAUAACUCUCAGUGAGUGCAGACCUCAGCUUGUUGGAUGUGAGAUGAUUAUAGCCAACUCGGCGCUACGUGCUUCGUUGGCUACCGCCAUCUCAUAUCCAACGCGCACUCGUGGAAUAAUUGUUAAUUAUUAAACUUUGCAGCUGUAAAUACUAUAUAACAAGAGUUUUAAAUUUUUCUUGACCAUGAACUCCUGCAUGCUUGAUAUACAACUUAGUAUAGUGUUCACUUCCAUGAUAUCUUUCCUCUUUGUUAGGUAAAGAUAAGCGACUUUGGUUUAGUGCGGUCUCUAGAAGGAGAAGCUGUUAAGGUUGUCUCACGGCGGACAAAACUAGCGUUUGCCUGGUAUGUACACCUUUAUGUACUUUGUGCCUUAAACCUAUUUAACUUACUUUUUACCUAGGAAUAAAAAAAACUCGACGCCGCCACUGACUUCCCAGGGAAAUAACAUGCGUUUGCGAUCCCGAGUAUAACUAAGAAACGAGUCUCUGAACUGCUUUUGUCCAUUCCAAGUCACAAAGCAACAGGUGAUGAUGGCAUCAGCGUCAAGAUUUUAAAGAUUGCUGCUCCUGCCGCACUACCGUCUCUGACUAGACUGUUAAAUCUAUGUAUAUCAAAUAAGGUCUUUCCAUCUGCCUGGAAAGUAGCUAAAGUAACGCCUGUGUUUAAAGGAAAUGGAAGCAGAUCAGACUGUAACAACUACAGGCUAAUCUCAGUCCUGCCAGUCUUGUCUUAUAUUUGUCUAGUGUGUGGGUUUCUACAUCUGUUGAUAAUUUAAAUAAGGUCUUCAGGCUACAGAAGCGUGCCGCACGCGUUAUUCUCAAUGCUGAUACUAGAGCAAAUAGUGUAAAUCUGUUUCGAGAACUUAGUUGGCUACCUUUUUUUCAUGAAGCUAAGAUUGAUCAGUGCGCAUUAUUAGUUUAUAAACGUUUGAACGGGGUGUAUCCCGAUUAUGUUCUAGAAUUACUCAAACGAAACAUCGACAUACGUUCUACUGAAAGACAAAGUAGAUAUGGGUCUUUGAAUUUAAUUUUUCAACAUAUAAAAGAGAAUCAGAAGGUGCUAGGACUUUUCAAGUAUCAGCCACUAGGUUUUGGAAUUCACUUCCCAGUGAAGUUAAGUGUAGCUCUAGUUUAGAAAUUUUAAAGAAGUCUUUAUGUAAGUAUUUUUUGGAGUCCUAUAAAGAUGUUCAUCACUUUACUAUAGCUUAGGCUAUUCUACUUUAUUCUCAUAUAUUUUAUAUUAAUUUUUAUAUAAUUCAUAUUUUAAUUGUUAGAUCACCUACUUUUAAUUACUUCAUUAUUUAUAUGCAUUUGUGUUUAUUUUUAAUUUGUUUUGAGGGCCACGAGUUUACCAGUAUUUUAUACUGUCACUACUGUCAAGUGCCACCCUCGAAAAAUAAAGUUGAUUAUUAUUAUAACAUCUGAAUUUAUAUAGCGCAAAAAAUCCAUUCCAAUCAAAAUUGAAAUCAGAAGCAUUGUCCAGAUGUGGGUAAUAACAAACGCUAAGUAUGGUAGCCUGUGCCCGGCUGUCGGCCAGUACAGGCGAAUAAAUAAGGUGGGCGAGCAGUGGAAAAGGAGACGAGUGAAAAACGGCGGGAAUAAAGCAGGGGAGAUUGUGUAAAUCGUCUCCCACUUCCAAAAAAACCGUUCAACGUGUCAAAAUGACAAAUCUUAAAGUGCCAAAAUGUGCAGUGUAUGAGGGUUUCACACGCUCAUUGUCUCUUUUCUUUGUCACUGCGUAGGCGAAGCGAGGAGAUUAGGGACUUUAAGAUCCAACGACGCCACGGCAAUGAGCACGUUGCUUAAUUAAAAAGUGAAUUUGCGUUCUUCUUUCAGUCUUUAUCGCGAUUAUUCCUAUCCACUUACUUUGUCAACCCUCCUGAAGUUGAAUUCCAUGCGACCGUAUCUCAGUUCAAAAAGAGAAAUAAAAUUUCGUCGUUGCUAGUUUACGUUGUCCAUAAAACGCGAAGUUAGGCCUUUUCAGGCAUAUUCGUGCAAAAGCGGCAAAGAAGUGUACCAAAAAGAGUGAUGCACGUGCGAAGUUGUUUUGCUUAUUAAACCUAUUGUUUUUUGUUUGUUUGUUUCGUUCUCGGUGCUGUCGCGUCGCUGGAUCGUAAAAUCCCUAUUGACAUGCAGGCUGACGUAAGCUGUCAAAAUUGACCAAUCAUGCCAGGAGCUGCUAUACCGGAAUGAUGUAUUGAAACAAUACAGGCUCCAGUUACCCGUCUCUCCUCAGCUCCCCUGCGUCUAUCACACAAAUAGGCUCUUUGCAGCUAGCCAUUCACGUGGUACAAAAACCGUCACGUGGGAGUCGCACUGGGACAAGACAAACAAAAGACAUACAUAAUUUGAAGUGGUAAUUUUCUUUGUUUGUCUUGUCCCAGUGCGACUUUUGCACUCCAGCACGGCGGUUUUGUAUCGCGUGAAUGGCUAUCUGCAAAGGGCCUAUUUUCUCAAUGCGCUUUCUCCACUAUCUUGGAGCCUGGAACAGGCUAUCAGUAUGGUAUCUCUGACGUCAUUUCGCGGGGAAACCAGUGGUGACGUCUCGAAAUGUCGGCUGUUUUCUCAGACAAGUUGUAUUUAAUGUAGGUGGAAUUCUCCACGUUAAUGUCAGCCAUUUCUCCUGAGCGUGUCUCGUACUAAUGGCGUUAAGUUUGAGGGGAGUUCUUUUCGGAAUUCUCCGAUACUCUCCGAGACAAAGAAAACCUUGUUGGUAAAUAAAUGUUUGUGAAUUGUUUUCAAAGGAUGGCCCCUGAGGUGCUAUCGAAGUCUGUUUACACAACGGCCAGUGAUGUGUGGAGUUAUGGUAUAACACUAUGGGAGAUGCUCUCAUUUGGACAACAGCCAUGGGCAGAUUGUUCCUUGAGCCAGGUUAUUACUGCAAUAACAUAGUUACAGUUCAGAACGCUGGAUACCUGGGGCCGGUUGCUCGAAGCCUGGUUAGCGCUAACCGUUGGUUAAGAGGUAUCAAAAUGUAUAGGUUUUCAUGGUAUUUAACGCUGGUUAGCACUAACCAUGCUUCGAGCAACCCGGGCCUGGAGUUUAAGUUUCACACUGACUGCUGACUGGAUUUGGUUUCCUGAAUUCAACGCCUCGGUUAUGCUCUGUUGUUGUAGUCGAGUAGUGGAACACAAAAAUUUUGUUCUAUGGACUGACCUUAUGGAAGAUUUUAAAGGAGCCUGCGGAUACAGCCGUCUUUCCUCUCUCCUCACCUCUAGAAGCGAAGGGGGACGGCUGUUUCUAGCUCUUGCCCUUCUGAGCGACUAAAGACACUGAGUUUGUUGAUGGUAUGGCGAAUGGAGGAGCAAUUUCUCUUUUGGGGGCAACAUGAUAAACAGGAAUGCAUCAGUUGAAUGAACAAGGUUUAUUGAUUCCGUGGGGAUUUAUAGUGCUGAUUUGAAAAAUAAAACAGAGUAAAGUAACAAAGAAAAUGAACAAAAAAAAACGCGCUUUAUUUGAGUGUAAGUGUUUUUAGCUCGAAACUGAGCACACUAUUUUAGUGUUGACGUCUCCCACCAUUUUACGUCGUCGUCCGAGCAACGCGAAGGUCAGCGGUACCAGUAAAGCAGUACCUUAUUUUUAUCUCAGUUAUUUUAAGAACCUGAGUAUUGGUUGGGUCGCGAAAUUCGAACCCGCGACAUCCCGCACUGCUGUGCAGCCACGCGCUCUAAAGUCUGAGUUAGUCCUGCCGCGGUUAAACCAGCAAAACGUCAACCGGGAGAUGGAAUUCGGAGACUGUAAAAUUUUGUAAGAGUUAAGCAUUCUCGCCACUCCAUACUUAGCUGAAACAUUUUAUUAUCGGAAUGAUUCAUCACACAGUUGUGGUUUUGUCUCUGUCUUCAGAUCAAGGAAAUGGUGGUUGGUGACCCAAGCAAGCGACUAUCCAAGCCGUGUUAUUGCCCUGAUGGGUUCUAUGAGCUAAUUAUGUUAAAAUGCUGGGCAAAUGAUCCUAAGGACAGGCCAACCUUCAAGCAUAUUAUCGAGAACUUGUUGCCCCAGGUAAGUCCUGAAAUAUCACAUUGCUGCGGCACACUUAUACAUAUACUAUAAGUUUGCCGCGGUAUAAUGAAAUACCGUAAAUAAAAAAGGCGGAAUUUUCAAAAACUAAUUUUAAGCCCCGUGCAAACGGACGCAACAGUGUUGGCCAACAAAUCCCAACAUUGUUUGAUGUUACAUUUCUUUCGCUCCUCGUUCGCCGAAGCGUAGCGCAACAAUCAUGGAUCCGUUUGCACAGCUCCUCCAAUAUUGUUGGGGCCACCCGCACAUAUUACACAUGGUCUCCAAAGUCAACGCUCUUUCUAGUGGUAGUUAAAGCCGCCGCCCGGCAACUGAAUAGAAAGAUCUGAAGAUUUUCAUCCCUUGCUGAACUCAUUGUUCAAGAUUUUCUUUCUUUUUUUCUUCAGGUACAACCAAAGGAAGGAACAACAAGAGUUUCUCAUAAAGCCAGCGACCGAAAAUAUCUUAGCUAUGGCUCCAAAGAGAAGGUUACGGUUAUUUCAAGGUAAAAAUAUAAGAAACAAUAACAUACUUUUUAGAUUUCAGUCUAAUCUUAUCAGUCUUACCGGAAGCAUGUAUGCUUCUGGUCUUAUUGUCAAGUUCAUGCAAUGAAUUUGUUGGUUCUAACUGGUCAUUUUCAUUUAAGGAAGUGUUACUUGAUUGUUUUAGUUAAAUCACCUCCCUGGGGGGUGGACUCCGCAUAUGAAAGGGGUGGGGAUGCUCGUCGUCUCGCUUAGGGGUGUAAAUGUCGGAUUUUGGUCUCACUUAGGGUGUUCUGGGCGAAACGCCGUCAUAUUUAGCGGUGAAGUUCUUGUUUAGGGUUGCACGUGAAAAAAUAUAAAAAUCUGUGCUUUAACACGGUCUCUUUUAGGGGUCAAAAAAAGCUUGGGCCACGCCCAGAUCGGUCUCCUUUAGGGGUUUAAUUCAAAAUUUCCAACGAGCAUCCCCACCCCUUUCAUAUGUGGAGUCCCCCCGCCCACCCCCGAUCACCUCUGAGAACCACUAUAUCAACAAAUCUGAGGCUAAACCAAGAGCAAAAUGAGAACAUAACGUUUUGGAUUUUAAUUUCUCUGAUAGAAGUGAGAAGUGAGAAAUUCUACAUUUUCGGUUGCCACCUUUCAGAUGCUGCUGUGGUUCAUUAUUAUCAGCAGUCUCAUCCUUGGUUUCAUCUUAUUUCCCUUUGUUUCAAACUCAUUAUCAUACAUUAUCAUACCCCCCCCAUCCCCCCAAAAAGGGGGUUAUACAAACAAAGUGGAACCCAGUGAAGGCAGGCAGCAGAUACCAAAGGGAGUUGUCAAACACCGUAUUUAAGCACGCUUUAAGAAUCAACAUAGCGGCGUUUCAUUGAUACAAAGACUUCAUAAUUGAAUAACUAAAAAGCAACAGAACGAUGGCUUAUGUCUUAACUUACCAUUUUUUCACAAACAUUUCUUGAUCCGCAUUGUAAAUACAUAUUGCUUUAUAUUUUCCAGAGUUGGAGAAGGAACGUUACUUGCUCAAAGGGAAGAUAUUUCCAUAGGAUUUAUUGAGGAGAAAAAUGUUGAAUUUCCCAAGAACGUUGGGUAAGGGUUGGCAAACUGUUAUGUUAAGUUUGUAAAAGCUUCUUUCCACCCCUGAAUUUAUUCACCGUGCUUACAUGACAAUUUUACCAAACGACCUCAACUCAAGCGUUUGACCCAAAAGUUGCGGUUCCGUGAAAUAUCAUCGUUUUCAUCUGUGCAUGGAUGUAAAAAAAAAGAACUAAACACCCCGAGUACAGUUCAGAAGUAGCACUUGGACAGUUUGAAAUCUAAUGGCAAAAUUAAAAAGAAAUAGAGUCUCACCACACAAGUGAAAGAUCUCAGUACGGAUUUAGUUUUCGGUCCUUUCCGUUAAACGUUUGUUAGUUGCAAUAAAUCAUAUGUUGCGCGUUUUGCAGUUUCUAAUUUUGCGAUUUUUCCAGCAAUCCGCAAAAAUAAGUUCCCGCAAAUAAAAAUUACCGCAAAUAUAUUCCCGCAAAAAUUUACUCCAGAGUAAAUAUUCUCUAACUCAAAUUCACCAUACAAAAAUACAAUACUAAAAAACUGUGUCUGUUCAUACAACUUGCUUCGUUCAUUCAGAAACAAAACGGUAUACGAUGAAUUAUCGCUUUUUCAUUAGGGUACGUAUACUGUAGUACUGUUAAAAAAUACCGUGUGGCACGAAAUGUUUGCGGGGUCUAAUUUCUGCGAUUUUUCCAGCGAUCCGCAAAAAUAAAUUCCCGCAAAUAAAAAUUACCGCAAACAUUUUUCCCGCAAAAAUUUAAUCCAGAACAAAUAUUCUCUAACUUAAAUUCGCCACACAAAAAUACAAUACUAAGAAAUCGUGGCUGUUCAAUCACACUUUUCUUUUUCAUUCAGAAACAAAACGGUAUACAACGAAAUACUGGUUAAACCAGUGUUUCGUUUAAAUACUGGUCAAAUACUGGUUAAACCAGUAUUUCGUUUUCUGAAAGUCGAGUCCAGUGCUCGACUUUCAGAAAAAAAUCUUGGGGCCAGCUGGCCCCCACGUUUAUUUUUGGUUGCCAGUACAAGUAUUCUAGUCGCCAAAAGUUGAAUCUAAGAUUAACAGAAAAAGAAUGCUUUAGCCUUCCUUUUGAACUUUCUUUCGAACUGUUUCCCCCCGAGGCUCGAUUACCAGCCUGUGUUCGGGAAAAUGAGCCCGCACUCAAGUGUAAAUCUCCUCAAACAGGUAUUCAAGGUUCAGGUAAUGGAAAACACAUUUAGAUAAACAAAAUUUAGGAUUCACAAAAAAAACUUAUUUGGGUAUUAGAGAGCAAAAUCUGCAAACAUUUAAUUGUUUUGCGUCCCAUAUAUUUGCAUGUUUAGAAAUGAACAUCGGUGAAACUUGGGGUACUUUCCAUUCAUUAUACCGGACCGACCGGUCAGAGACCACUCGGACUGACCAAGGGAAAAUGGAACGCGUCUGAACCAAAAGUCCAACCGAAUUUAUGAUUGUUGGGUGAUGUGUGACUUCCCAAAUUCGUCUUUGAACUUCAUGUAGCUUGCAAUAAUUAAACGGACGUAUUUGUCCUCCCAUCUUUUCAGGGCUUUGGUCGAACUAGUGGAGGUUGUUGGAAUGAGCUGUGGAUUUUUUUCGCUCUGACUGUAAAAGCUGUAAGGGCUAGGGUCACAAACUGCUAAGAGAAAAACGCGCGAAAACAUCGUCAACAUGCGGAGAAGCCAGUAAGGGGCCGACCAUUUAACUCGGGGGGGUGGUUGAAAGGUAGUAGGGAAAAAAAUAUCCUGCCCACCCGAAUGCUAGAAAAAAAAUUCUUGAUGACCAGAAAUUACCCCCCGCCCCUCAAGAGUUAAAUGGUCGGCCCCUAAUAUAUUUGUCUUUAAAAACUGACGAAAACCAGAAGAAUAAACAAAUUAAGAUUCGUUGCUGUACCUGAGCCUUUUGUGCAACUGUGCAUAAGGGCAAAGUUUACGUCUUACGUCUGAAGGUUACACACACCGCACGGACUUUUUUGCACUCCGGCCAGAUUUUGUGUAUAGUUUCUUUGAACUGGUAAGUUACUCUUUUGACAGAGAAAGCAUCAAAUAUAUGAAUUCAGGAAGAAUUAGCUGACUUUGAAUUCCAAUACAAAUCUUCUAAUUUCCCGCCAUCUUGCCCUGAUUACCCAUGAUACAACUAUGAGUGUGAACUCCUCUAUUUCGUGCCACACGGUAUGUAUUUCUAUUGCAAAACGAAAAUAUUAUCAAUGCCGGGAACUGGGUACUUUCUGAAAAUCGCAAAAGUUUUUCCCAGCGAGAAAAACCAAUCUGUCCAAAUCGCAAAAAUUAGUUCCCGCAGGACACAAAAAAUCACCAAUAACUCCGCAGAAAUAAACCCCCGCAAAAAUUUCAUGCCACACGGUAGGUAGUUCUUUUAAGGAUUCGUUCACAGGACAACGGACAAAUUUCAACCGGCUGAAAGAUUUGACCGGACUCAUCGUUCACACGGAACUGACGAACCAACCAGCCUGAGUAUUAGUUGUUGUUGUCAGUGGUUUUAUCAUCUGCCCACCGCGCGAGUCAAAUUUCAACCGUACCGGCUUAAAAUCUGACUUCGACGUUGUCGUUAAAGUUUUGGAACGGGUGGGGUAGGCAUCGGAAUUUUUGUACGGUGAAGGUGGCUCCGUGUGAACGGAAAAUUCGUCUGGUAACGUGUGAACUAACCUAAGAGUAAAAGAGUGGAUGAUAUAAAUUGUGGUACCGGGUCAAUGGCGGUGGUGAUAGGGUAAAAACCAAACUUUUCUUCUUUUCUUACAGGGGCUCACUGCAGAUCAGCUGUCCAUUCAAGGUGAAGAAACGAGACUCUAGAGAGGUCUUGGCUGAAUUACAAAAGUACGAUCUUAAUAAUUAUAACAAAACGUUCUAAAUUUCCCAUUUGAUUUCGAAACUGAUUUUGUCUAAAAGCAGGCACGUGUGACCACGAGUAAGAAUUCAUCGAGAUAUUCCCUGACAUCAUAGUGACGUCACAAGUGCGUCACUUUUUAAAGUAAUCACUGUCUAACCGCAAUUGAAUCUUUCACGGAGACUAAAAUACUCUCUCCUCGGCAAAGUCACUCAGUGGUAUCCAAAAGCAUAUGAAAAUUACAGAGGGGCGACCAAACGACUAACGGUGAAAGACUAGGAUGGGAACUGUACCAUAUGCUGCUUGCUAACCUUCUAGACUAAGAUUUGUAAUAGGGAGGUUGACAAUCAAAAUCGCCGUAAUUGUUGCCUGGUUUAGCCAGAGAACCGCAAAUUCUCUCAGAAGGGUGGUCGUUCUCUAAUAGAGAUUUUUGUUCCUUCUAUUUGCCCUUCCUAUCGUCCUGUACGCGCUUUCUUUUUCCCUCUCUACCCAGCAUCCUUGUGGUACAUAGUGGCCUCUACAGAGGAGAGAGACUGGAAAAUGUAAAUUCUUAAAAUUUCUUCUAUUUCCAAAAUGGUGGGUGCCGAACAGUUUAGCAAUAUAAACGUCGCGCCAACCGUACCCGUAUCCUUUGACCGCGAUUCAAUUUCCUUUUGUUUUUGAAUGCCUCUUUGCAAAUACAAGUUGAUAUUGUGCAAUUUUGGCCUUACCUUUUAGCAGUGCCCGUCACAGUUGUACCAUAACAUUACAUCAUUAACCUUGAUUGCAGGAAAUGGCUGACAGGAUGUUUUCACCUUCCCCUCCCCCUUUGACCGGGACCCGCCCUUUUGGAAAUGAAAGAAAGGAAAUGAAAACAGUUUGCUUUUUAUUUUAGCCUCUGGAAAUGAUGGAUUUGCAUAAACAGUGAUUGUUCGAUAAAAAUACGUUGUGAUGACAUUAUUAUGAUUUUAUCAGCGAUGCAAAUUAUUUUCAUGAAUUCUUACUUAAGAGGCAUUUUCAAAGACGUAUAUCGCUGAUGACCUGCUUUCGUAGACAGUGAUGCGAUUAUCAAUCACGAGGACAUAGAUUAAUUUAAAUGCUUUUAAAGUUUCCACCAACUUGUGGUGAAUGUUGUUCUCUUUGAAAAUUUCUUCACGAAAAGUAAAAGGAGAUGUAAAAUUAAUAAUAAUUAUUAAUUACAUCAUGUAAAGUUUUUUUUUUAAUUCUGAGGCGGAUAUAACGCAUGUUAUUGGCUUAUUCCAGGGUACGACGGAAAGAGACGUGAGCAGAAAAAGCAGCGUUCCCUCCUCCCUCCUUCUCAAUCUCCUCCCCCUUAUUUUUUUUCCCUUUGUUUGACAUCGCGCCGCACUCCACUAUGAUCUAAACGCGGAGAAAGUUAUUGUUUGAAAUAUUGUUUGCCUUGACUAGUUGCAAAACGGCCUUUUUGGCAUUCGACUGGCCGUAUUAACGAGGUAAACGUUCUGAGAAGAUCUUAACUGGGGAGUGGGACUCUAACAGAUUGUUUUGAUUCCGUUUUAUUUUCGCGGUUGUUGAAUGAUCAAGCUUGUCUUGAUAACGGAUUGUAGUGAUACUCAUACUUUACUAAUCUUUCAAGUGAUGAGCAAGUUUGCGUAAUGUUUAUGUUUUGACCUGACUUUUUGGUUGCCUGAUUUGGUUCGUGACCUACCGCGAAAAUGUUUCCGUUUAAAGAAAACUGGAUAUUUAUUGGAAAUUGUGACGAAACGCUCUUCAGGAUAUUUACUUGUGGUUGUCUGUUUUACAUUCAAAUAGGAGAGCGACAAAUAAUCCAAAUGUUAAAGAAGAUUUAGCUACCCUUCUUCAUCAGACCAAGGAAAAACAAACUGAUAGAAAUUUACUAGGUAAGUUCAGAUCUUGCUCUUUGCUUUUCCACUAAUUGAAUAUACAAUCAACACCUUAAAAAUUUACCGCCUAUCCUUUCACUUGAAUGGUCAUACUAACAACACUCAAGCAGUGCAUUAGUGUUGGCAUAAGUCUGCAAUACAGGCGUAUUUCGGGGCGAGCGACUUAGCUGCUUGUUUUUGUUCCUAAGGCCGUCGCUGCUAUCUUUGAUGCUAUCGAUGAGAAAAAUUCCCAUGGGGUAGGCGUAAGGGUGGAAAAAGGAGGGGGGUAUUAUGGGCGAUGUGUAAAUGGUGAAUUUCUUAGUAAAUGUUUGAGUUUUGGAGUAAGGUAUUGAAUGGCUGUGUCUUGUUCAAUAUCGGACCAAUAAACAUCAAGCUUGAGGAUUAUAUGGGUCUUGUGUUGAAACUUCCAUAAUACACGGAUUUGUGCACAGCCGUCCUCGGUUUAAAAGCUGACCCUGUUUGGGACAAAAAAUCCUUGAAUACAAAGCCUGUUAAGGGCAAAGGACGAAAAGGCAAGCCGUCUUGUUUUAUAGCAAUUUAUUGGUAAUUGCAUUCAAAUUCACGUUAUAGCUAUUGCUUUUGUAUACUUGGAGUAAAAACAAAUUUGUUCAUCAAGCAAAACAAGGCAUCAAUCGAGCAAGUGAUACCCUGUUUAUAAUUAGGACAGACUUGCACGAAAUUAUUUACUCUAGUUAGACCCUGUUUGGAGCAGAAAGGUCAAAAACCAUACCCUGUCCGGCGGCACAUCUAGGCCCUAUAAAGGAGUACAUUCCCCGGAUUUGAAAGCAGACAAUGCAGUCGAUAAGAAAAUAAGGUUGUUUGGGGUGGGGUGGGGCUGGGUGUUGAUAGACGUGUCGACUCUCUCUUAAUGGACACCUAUAUAAGACAGACACCUCUGUUAAACGGACACCUGGAGUUGGCCCCUGCCUUUCUUUAUCCCUUUAUUUGACUUCCUAUGAAGCGGACAUUUAUCUAAGCCGGACACUUAGUGCCGGUCCUAAAGGUGUCUUUCUUAGAGAGAAUUGACUGUAUAGUUAAUGGCGUCAUUUAAUAUUUGAUUCAGACUUGGAGGUAGACGAAGUUGCUCUCGAUCCAGGCUACAUGCUGUACCCAGACCCAUACCCAGCCAUGACGCACUGGCCCGCGAAAACGGCUUCAGCCCGACCAGAUUCGAAAGUCUAUGUGCCCAUGGGAGGAGGCGAAAAGGUGGGCGAAUCCGAGGCCGAAAGAGCUGGUGAAGAAGAUAGCGAGGAAGGAGACUACAUGAGCAUGGAAACUCCCGCCUCUCUGCACGCUCAAGAUAGACAAGAGAGCAAAACAAGGCAAUCCGGUUUGGGUCAAUCUCAUCUGUCACAGAGGCCUAGUAGAACAAUGUCGGAAUCUCAAGUUUCGACGUCUGAUUAUGAGAGGAUAUGGGAUAUAGAAUAUGCAGUGCCAUUUCAGAACGCAAAAGGCUCCAAAGAUGAUAGUUCACUCCAGCUUACCUCAAAUGGGGCCCCACAGACCAUAAAAAGACCUCCCGUAAUACCUUCUCGUCCUGAUCUUGUUAACAACACAGAAAAAACUGCUCCUCAGAGGCCUGAUAGGACGGUACGAGUUGGUUCGUAUGGAACAACAUCAAGAAAGAGGCCGGUUCCUACCCCUCGUCAAAAAGCAAGAGAAAGACUUCGGCCUUUGUCGGAUGAUCUCUCGAACAAAAGUGACCCUGACGAAUCCCGGAGGAGAAGCAACACUGAUAUUGGAGUAGUCAACGACACUAAGACUGCACCAAGUGUGGAUAGCCAGAAAACGUUGCGACCGCAAGUCCCUGCCCCUUACGAACCUAAACGAAUCCAAAAUGGCGCUGAAGUGGGCGUGGAGGGUGAAAAUACCGCUAUAAGGGCGGUUAGUGAAGAAUUAAAUAAGUUAACGGUUGUUGAGAAAAGUACUGUCAGUAAGCCGGGUCAGAGUGUAACAGCAGGUGUGACUUCAGGAUCUUGUCAUCACAAUGGCAGCAAUGGUGCAUCGCAAAAGCCACGUAAUGAGAACAGCAGUGUAACGCAGGAUUUGAUCGAUUUUUCUUCUGAUUCUAAUGAAUGUCCUCCGCUUCCCCCAAAGCAACACGCCACACUGCAGCAGCCGGUUUAUGACGCUCCCGUUUCAAAUUCCCUGAGUCCAAACAUACCAGACCACGAGAUAAACCAGCCAUCGCCUCUACCUGCGCGGAAACCAGAUAUUUCGAGCGAAACCAUGGAUCUUGCCUACAAGAUUGUUCCAUUAUAUGAUGGUAGCGGUAACUUUAUUAAUACCUACCAGCCACCAGUGGAAAGUUGUGGGUUAAAUGCCCUGCGCAUGAACCCUCUGCCUUCGUCUGCUGCUGUGCCGGUUUCUCAAGCGGCCGCGUCUGUCUGCCAAGGUGGUUCAAAUUUCAAACUUCGUAGUGCAGUAACUGGUUCUGAUAAUUCAACUAACAAUUUGAAGUCGGUGAUAUCCCGUGCUGUUAAACUUGAAAAUCAAACUCUAAGACUUGCCAAUCCUGUUUCCGAAAGUGCCAAUCCUCCCAGUGCUAAAAUCGAAAAGUCGUAUGGUCAUGAAAUUGAUGCAGGAAUCCAAGAAAUCCAAGACGUCUGUGGGAAAGAUGUUUCACGUGACUGGUGUUAUGCGGCUCUGCUUCAAUACGAAUGCGAUGUUAAACAGGUUAUUGAGAAUAUAAAGGUGCAAAAAGUCGCCACAAUCACUGGCGAAUCCGAGGCACUCUGUAGGAGGACAUUGAAGCAUUGUAAUUGGAAUAUGGAUCGUGCAGCAGUUUACAUAAUGGAAAAUUUUCAAGGCAAGGAUGUUUGA